UCCAGCAGCGAUAGCGAGAUGUACGGCAAAGGAUUACGGUUUCUGCUCGGCCAGCUAGUUUUGGUGGUCCUUUUGGCCCAGGUGAUGGGCCGCCUGCACAAGAGGAAUGGCUAUCACUAUAGGCCACAGCAGCCGCCACCAAUUCACCAAGUUGGAUACUUUGAGCCCCAUCAUCCAGCAGUGGAUCCUCCCGAGCCGGAAAAGCCACAACAUACCACUAAAACCUACUACAAUCCAUCCGGAGGAGGAGGUGGAGGCUCGACUUCGUCGAGCAAGGGAACCGGUGGCUAUAGCAUUGGCAGUGGCCUGCGAUCUAUUGCCCAGGGAUCGGCGGAUCAGGCACACAGUGCGGUGACCAACCAACAUGCGGCUGCCAAGCAGGCGGCUUAUAUAGCCCAGAAUACCCUGGCUCAAGCCGCUUCCCAGGCGGCGGCCACAGCUCAAGCGGCGCUGGUGGGAAAGCAAGUGGUGCUCCAGGAAUUGGAGCAGCAGGCGGCCGAGGCCCAGCGAUCGCUCUCCCGCGAACUGGAGCAACUGAAGGCGGCCAAGAUCUCCUCCAGACUGGCCCAGCAGACGGCUCAAGCGGCCCACCAUCACAUCUCCGUGCUCACAGCGGCCGUGAAUAAUGCCAAAUCCGUGGCUGAACAGGCGGAGCAGACCUCCACGGAGGUGAACAAUCAACUGGCCUCCCAGUCCCAGAUGGUCGGGCAGUCCAAGAAUCGAUUGGAGCAGGUGGAGGAGCAGUUGCACCAGGCACGAGUGGACUAUGCCGCCACCAAGGAGUCCGCUCUGAAGGCGGCCAAUUCAGCGGCUGCAGCCCAGGUGAAUGCUUCCAAGGCUGCUCAGCAUGCCACAAUUGAAUUGCACGAAAGCACCAAUCCCUCGGCCCACGGACACGAAGGUCAGGAUUUUGGCGGGGAGGAUGAAUCCUCCUAUGACGAGCACCUGACCCCCAGCGGAGUUGGCCACACGGCUGGCGGCGAGGAGCUAAGCGAACAUGUCAGAACACCUUAUCAGUGAGGGAUUCCCAAUCCCACAGCAUAUUGUAUUAAAAGUAGUCGAAACUGGAUUUACUAUUAAGAUUAAUUACAAAUUUUAUUUAUGUACAUAAAAUAAAUGCAUUCAAGUCAGACUUA